GUCUUUGCCUUGUCCGCUGACUGGUCUGAGUUUUCUCUUCUUCUGGCAGUGGCACCUCCACUGAGCUUUCAAACCAAGUCAUCGGGAGUUAGCAUCUUCCCACCCAGCAGGGAAGGGAGGAGUUGGCAGGAAUUUGGCUCACCCAUUCCCUCUGCAAUCCUCUGGUGUGGUGGAGGGCCAAACUUCCACCAUGACCGACACCGUGUUCAGCAACAGCUCUAGUCGUUGGAUGUGUCCCAGUGACCGACCCCUUCAGUCAAAUGAUAAAGAACAGCUCCAGGCAGGCUGGCCUGUCCACCCCAGCGGUCAGCCCGACAGACAGAGGAAGCAGGAAGAGCUGACAGAUGAGGAGAAGGAAAUCAUCAACAGAGUGAUCGCGCGAGCUGAGAAAAUGGAAGAGAUGGAGCAGGAGCGAAUCGGGCGCCUGGUGGACCGUCUGGAGAACAUGAGGAAGAACGUGGCAGGGGAUGGGGUGAACCGCUGCAUACUCUGCGGAGAACAGCUGGGGAUGCUGGGCUCCGCCUGUGUGGUGUGUGAGGACUGUAAGAAGAACGUCUGCACUAAGUGUGGGGUGGAGACCUCCAACAACCGCCCGCAUUCCGUGUGGCUCUGCAAAAUCUGCAUCGAGCAGAGAGAGGUGUGGAAGCGUUCUGGAGCAUGGUUCUUCAAGGGGUUCCCCAAACAGGUCCUCCCACAGCCUAUGCCUAUAAGGAAGAACAAGCCCCAGCAGCCUGUCAGUGAGCCUGCUGCCCCUGAGCAGGUCACUCCCGAGCCCAAGCUUACAGCCCGAGCUCCAACCCGAGGUGACACUGAAGACCGGAGGGGCCCAGGUCAGAAGACAGGUCCUGACCUGGCCUCUGCCCCAGGGCGAGGAAGCUAUGGGCCUCCUGUGCGCAGGGCCUCUGAGGCACGCAUGAGCUCAUCCAGCCGGGACCCAGAGAGCUGGGACCACAGCCACGGUGGGGCCGCUGCCGACUCCAGCCGGAGCCCAGCCGGGUUGCGACGGGCAAACUCAGUCCAGGCCUCCAGACCAGCCCCCCCCUCCGUGCAGAGCCCAGCACCUCCACAGCCCGGGCAGCCAGGGCCUCCGGGAGGCAGCAAGCCCAGCCCUGGGCCAGCAGGACGCUCUCCAGAUCAGCGGCCACAGGUGGCUCCCGGCAAGCCCAGCUAUGCAGGGGCCACCGCCCCGCCCCGGGAGGAACGAACAGGGGCCGCUGGGGGCUACUCAGCCGCUGGGCCCAGGGACGACCGAGCGGGCCACCCACCGGGCCCCUACGCCCAAGUGGCUGCGCCUCCCCAGCCCGCUGUGGCCGUGGCCCCUGCCCGCCAGCCCCCACCCCCAGAGGAUGAGGAGGAAGAAGCCAACAGCUACGAUUCAGAUGAAGCAACCACCCUGGGAGCCCUGGAGUUCAGUCUCCUCUAAGACCAGGACAGCAGCUCCCUGCACUGCACCAUCAUAAAAGCCAAGGGACUGAAGCCCAUGGACUCCAAUGGCUUGGCUGAUCCUUACGUUAAGCUGCACCUCCUGCCGGGAGCCAGCAAGUCCAACAAGCUUCGAACAAAAACCCUGCGGAACACCCGGAACCCCGUGUGGAACGAGACGCUUGUCUAUCAUGGCAUCACAGACGAAGACAUGCAGAGGAAGACACUCAGGAUCUCCGUCUGUGACGAAGACAAAUUUGGCCAUAACGAGUUUAUCGGUGAGACCAGAUUCUCACUCAAGAAGCUGAAGCCUAACCAGAGAAAGAACUUCAACAUCUGUCUGGAGCGAGUGAUCCCGAUGAAGCGUGCCGGGACCACUGGCUCAGCCCGAGGCAUGGCCCUUUAUGAGGAGGAGCAGGUGGAACGCAUUGGUGACAUAGAGGAACGCGGCAAGAUCCUGGUGUCCCUCAUGUACAGCACACAGCAGGGAGGCCUCAUCGUGGGCAUCAUACGCUGCGUGCACCUGGCCGCCAUGGACGCCAACGGCUACUCAGAUCCAUUUGUCAAGCUCUGGCUGAAGCCGGACAUGGGAAAGAAAGCCAAACACAAGACUCAAAUAAAGAAGAAAACCUUGAAUCCUGAAUUUAAUGAGGAGUUCUUCUAUGACAUCAAACACAGCGACCUGGCGAAGAAGUCCCUGGACAUCUCGGUCUGGGACUAUGACAUCGGAAAAUCCAACGAUUACAUCGGAGGCUGCCAGUUGGGGAUCUCAGCCAAGGGAGAGCGCUUAAAACACUGGUACGAGUGUCUGAAGAACAAGGACAAGAAAAUCGAGCGCUGGCACCAGCUGCAGAACGAGAACCACGUGUCAAGCGAUUAGGCUGCCCCGCCCCCCGCCC